UCCAGGCACAGAGGGUUUGAGUGUGUGUUAGAGAAUGGGGUCCAGCGUAUCACAGCGCCAGCAAAACGACAUGACGACAAAAGUUUAACUUGUGACAUUCCAUCUGUAAGUUUCUGCAAAUGAUCACUUAACUGCUGUGAACCUUGGUGUUAUAAUUUUCAUUACCAUGUUGACCCUUAUGAAAAAAAAAAUAGAAAAAAACAAGUUUGUGAAUUUUAUCACUAGAAUAAAAAGCUUCAAUCAUAGAAUUAUUAUUUUUUUAUAAUGUUUCAUGUAAAACUUAAAUUUAAGAAAAAACUACUUUGAUUACUUCCUAACUUUGCUUUUUUGUUUAUUUUCUGCCCUUUUUACCAGAUGGAGUAUGCUGAGAGUGUUGGAAUGCUUGAGGCAAAUCUGUCUGUGUAUUGGGGGAACAAUUUCUGGUUGGAGAGUACAUCUAGACUU